UGAUAAUCUAACUGGCAAUUUCAAGUGAUACAAUGUUAAAACUCUUAUUGUUUCUAAUGUUAAUUAAUGCAAUAGAAUAUCAUGCAUAUACGCAAGAAAAUUAUGUUUUAAAUGCUGCAUUGAAACAUACAUCUAACGUUUUUAAAAAGUUAAAAUUAAACGAGGGUACUGAAGAUUUAAACGAAAAUGUGAUACUUCGAAUUAAUCAGACAGUUGUGGAACAUGUUAGAAAUACAUCAAAAAUAAUUCUUUCUCGUCGUAAACGAGAAUUAUCAGAAGACUUUAACAAAGGUAUCAAUACACUAAAUGGAUUUAAAGAUUUUAUUCAAUUAAAUUUCCGAAAUGUCCGUGAUGUCAACAUUUUUUCUCUUAAAAAUGGAUACGAAGUAAUUUGGUUCGCUGCGAUUUUAGAUGGCUUUGGAGUAUCUCUACUUCAAAUAAAUAAAGACUCUCUUUUUCACGUUACUGCUUAUCCUGUAACUAAUGGGACACGGUUAAUUGUAAAUGAGUGCAAUUAUGGAACACUCUUAAUAAUUCAAAAUCAGGAUAAUUCUAUUCAUGUUUUGCGCCUCAGUAAAGUUAAUGAUAAAUACUAUUUACAUUUAAUUCAAGACUUGGAGUCCAAUGAUAUUAGUCAUUUAACAAUAUGGAAUGGAAUGAAUCAAUUACAUCUAGGCAUUUCAUCACAGUCAAGUACCUCAAUUUUCACCUGGUUUGGGGAUUAUUUUGAUUUAGUACAAGUUAUAAAUCUUAACACCAAGAAAUUAGUGCCUUUUCAAAACAAGGGAUUCAUGUAUUUAGCAGCAACUGGAUCUGUUACUCUUAUUUUUAAACAUUUUUUAAAAUCCGAUGAGUUUUUGGUAAUACAGAAAUUACCAGCAAGUAAAGAUGCCUCAUUUUUUCAAUUAAGAGAAGGCCAUUUUACAGAUAACUAUCUAAGCUUAUCCACAGAGUCAUCUGUUGUGAUAUACAAAGAUAUCCAUGGUCGGUUUGUACCAUUUCAGCAGAUUCCUUCUGGUAAACCUACAGUACCAAUUGUUUCAAACAAAGCAAUUUUAUUCUUUACUUUACAAGAAGAUACACUAUUGACUUAUCAAUACAAUGGCUGGAGAUUUAUAGAAUUGGAUGUGAAAUUGCAUGGAGUUCAUCGAUUGCAGACAGUUAAUUUAUAUGGAAAACAACUGUUGUUAAUGAAAUAUAAAAAUGAUACAUGGACACUGAAACAAUUGAUAUGGACUAAAAGGAAAACUUAUAAAGAUAUACAAGAAGAAAUCAAAGCAUGGAAUAUUAAAGCUAAGAACAUAGCUCAGAGACAAUUAAAUGAAAUUUCAAAUCUAAACAAUUCUGUUCAAAUUUUGAAUGGUCAUAUUGAUCAGCUGUUUGUUCACAAUGUAAAUCAGCAUAAUUCAAAAGCAUUAAAGAAUGUAUCAGUACAGUAUAAUAAAGUGAGUUCCAAGCUUCAAGAACAGAGUAGCGUUAUAAAUAAUAAGUGGCACUCGGGCAAUGUAACUGUUACUUCUCUUAGCGCAAAGAAGAUUCAAAUGAGAUGUAAAACAACAUGUAGGAUUAAUAAAGUAAAUAUUAAAGGCAAUACCGAUCUUCUGUUAAAGUUAAAAGUGCUGCCUAACAAAAAUGAAGUGUCAAGCUUCAAGACAUUGAAAGUUAAAGAGAUCAAGAAUUGGAAGUGUCCAAUUUUUAAUUUACUUAUAGAUAAUAUUGUUGUUAGUAAGUCAAUAAAUGGAAUGUUAUUGGAAAAUUUACAUAAAAAUACCUUAAAAAUAACUGGUAAUCAAACAAUCUUAGGGAGACACAGUUUUAUCAGUAUCAAUGUUACAAAUACUGUGAUGCCACUGAAUAUUGCUUCGUAUUUUGCAAAGAAAGAAAUACAAGCAAAAAAGGUGAAAGUUAAAGAAUUAACUUUAACAGAAGGUGGAAUUUUACUGCCAUUAAAUGGUUCGUCUACAGUGAUCACUGGUUCGAUAAGUGCAUCUAGAAUAACAGUAAAAGAUAAAAUUCGUUUACAAGGAUCAGUAACAGGCAGCUGGGCAAAAAAUUUUUCACCCAUAAAAUACAUUCCUGAUUCCAUCAGCAUAUACCACGAUGUUAAUAUAGAAAAUGCUAGGAUUGAAAAUUUGCAAUCUACAGAUUUAAUUAAUAAUAAAACAGGAUCAGUCAAGGAUAUUUUGUCAAAUGCAAUAACUUUGCAUGAGAAUGUACCAGUAUCCUUAGUAUUUUCAAGCCAAAAAACUAAAUGGAAUAAUAUUACUAUACACGGUCCUCAAAAUUGGGUCACCGCAAAUUCUCAAAAUGUAAUAACAGGAAAGAAGCACAUGCUGCAUAAUGUAGAAAUAACAAAGUUUUCCUAUGAAAAUUUGAGAUUUCCACGGAUUGAAACAGCCUUAUGUGGUGCUUCUAUAAUUGUACCUGAGAUCAAAGCCACAGUACUAACAGUAAAUAAUGUUACAGUGAAAAGUCUAACAAGUCCACAUGUCUUUGGAAAUUUGGCUGAUAAAUCAGGAUUUAUUUUUAAACCACUUAAUUCAUCUGCUGAACGUUACUACUAUUACUACAAUGUUAAAGCGAAAAAUAUAUUUACAUCACACACCAGUAACAUAAAUUUAACAAGUAAAGCAUUAGAACGAUUUACAAAUUCGUGGGUUGAACCUAACAUUCUAAAAAGUUCAAUUGAAGCAACAGAUUUAACGAUUAAUGUUCUUCAAUCGUCUAUGAAAUUUUAUCCAAAGUGGUCCAGAGUAAUAAGAAAUGUGGUAUCAAAAAAAAAUAUUUAUGUAGGUAACAUCAAUAAAAUUAAUUUUACUGAUUUCUUAGUCAAAGCUAUAAAGCUUGAGGAUAUAAUAUCUUUGAGAAACGUAACAUUCAAUAAUGGUUUCACUACGAAUCACAUACACAUUUCCUAUCCCUUAUUACCAUUAAUUCAAACAGAUAAAGAUCUUAUUCUUCAUAAAAAAAGAAUUUCUGGAAAUAUAGAAGUUAAUGUGAUAAAUCUACCCUACCUUUUUGGACUCGAGAAAAAUCAUACCUCAGCUAAUAUUAUUAUUAAAGGAUCAGCAAUAUUUCCAACUGAGCCAAACAUACAUAAUAUAAAUAAAAAUAAUUUAAAAGACUUGUUUAUGCGAACGUGGAUAAUAACAACUGCUACAACUUUUGUUGGGAAAAAUCUACAUGUUACAGAUGUUGUAUUAAAGGGAAAUAUUACUAUAAAUAAUUCUACUAAUAUAUUAUAUCGUGAAGCAUGGAAAAAUAUUUCAGAACGUGUUCUAAGUAAAACAAAAGUACAAACAAUAAUAGUUGAUGCUUCUUUAAAUACUGUAGAAACUAGUUCGAUUGUAGGUUCAAAUACUUCAACAAUAGUGUCUUCAGUGUCAGAUUUUAAUUAUAUGUUUAAUAAUUCUUUAAUGAAAGGUCGAGCACAAGAUGUGAAGGCAAAAUGGACAUUUGAUAAAUUAAUAAUUCUAGGUAAAAUGAAUGCAAGAAAGAAAAUUAAUAAUAUGAAUCUUAAAACGGAUGUUAUGAGAUAUGAUUCUAGAAGAAAUAUUGUAACAGGAAAGAAAACGGUGCUAAUUUUGACUACAAAAAAUUUGAAUGGUUUAAAUUUUGCCGAAUGGGCUGAUAGUGCUUUAAUACCAAAAGAGAAUCGUGUAAUAAUCAAAGGGCAGAAGCAUUUUCUAACUGCUGCGUUCAACGAUAUAACCUUAUCUGGCACUAUAAUGGGGCACUCUGUGGAUGAAGCAUUAUUACAAUUCAGAAACCAAACAAUACAUGGUCAAAAAAUAAUUCAUGGAUCUAUUCGUGUAUCAAGAAUUUUCAUCGAUGGUCUAGUGAAUGAUGUAAAUUUAACUAACUUAAUAGACCAUCAAUUAAAGAAACAAAGUUCAUUGCAAAAGAUAGAAACAACUAUUGAGUUACAAAAAAAAUUAAUUAUAACUGGAAAUCUCAUCGUUAAUGAUACUUAUGGAGGAGCAAACAUGAAGAACUUUGAAAAAAGUUAUUCAUAUAUACCAUUUAUUACUGAUAAAUCAAAUAACUACUCAAAAAUAGCUGAAACAAUUAAUCUAGCAUUGAGAAAUCAUGCAAAUUACAUACACAAAUUGGAAAUUGUAAAAAAUAUUACCAGUAUUUCUCGUCAAGGUACAAUAAUGCAAAGAGAACAGUGUAAAGUUAGAAAUUUCUCUAAAUAUUGUGUAAGUGAACAUAUAGAAAAUAUCGUCUUUCGAUCAGACACAAAGAACUCUAUACUAAUAAAAUCAAUUUUCCUGGAAGAAACCGAGUUCGUUGUCUGGAUAAAAUUCCAUUUCGUUUCUAUUUAUAAAUACAAUAAUGUAAACAAGAAUCUUAUUCGUGUAAAAGAUUUACAUAUUCCAAGAAUAAUAGACGCCUUUGUAGAGCAAAUGUUUAAUUCUUUAUGGAUCAUUUUACGAUUAACUUCGCAAACUUUGGUGUUACAUUAUCAGCCGUGGCAAGAGUUACAAGAAUACGUGUUACCAGCGACAGACGUAUUUGCACUGAGCCGGUCUCCGAAUAAUCAGUUAUUAUUAUUCUUAUCGAGCGGUGUUUGGAAUCUCAAAGGUCUCGCCAGCCCCCAAAAUAUUAUUGAAAUUCCUUUGAAAGGACAGGUACAAACUUUUGUUAAUGGCUUCGAUUAUUUUGUCAAAUAUACUUCAAGUAAUAAUACCAUUUUAACGAAAGUUCGAUACGUAGGAAAUUGUUAAUUUUAUUUAAUAUAUACUUUGUUUGAACGUGUAUCAUUAUUAUUAUUAUUAUUAUUAUUAUUAUUAUUAUUAUUAUUAUUAUUAUCAUUAUUAUUAUUGUAUUAAUGUUUAACUUUUAUUACCCUAGUGUACAACCGCCAUUAUUUAGCCCUAAGGAGUGUAUUUAAAUAUUGUAAAAUAUAUGUAAAAUUACUUAAAAUGUAUAAUGUA